AUGACUAACUUUACCAUGAGUGGUUUUGUUCUCAUGGGGUUUUCUGCCACAUCUGAGCUGGAAAUCUUAUUUGCUUCCGUGUUCCUGGUCUUCUACCUGUUGGCUUUAAUUGGUAAUACCCUCAUUAUCAUCACAACUUCCGUGGAUGAAAGCCUCAACUCACCCAUGUAUUUUUUCCUAAAGCAUCUCUCCUUUUUGGAUCUCUGCUAUAUUUCUGUGACUGUACCAAGAUUCAUUAUCAACUCUUUCCUGCACAGUGGGAGUAUUUCCCUCUUGGAAUGCAUUGUGCAGUGCUUUGCUUUCAUCCUCUGUGGCUCUGCUGAGGUGUUUAUGCUCACGGUGAUGUCCUAUGACCGCUAUGUGGCCAUCUGCCUUCCCCUGCGCUAUGAAAUCAUCAUGGAUGUCAGAACCUGUGUCCAUGGCAUCAUAGGCGUCUGGAUCAGUGGGACCAUCUCUGGAGUCAUGCACACGGCAGCUACUUUCUCCAUCCACUUCUGUGGCCCCCAUAUCAUUCACCAGUUCUUCUGUGAUAUCCCCCAGAUCCUGAAACUCUCCUGUUCUAAUGAGUAUAUGAGAGAGAUUGAUGUCACUAUCUUCCUGGCAUUGGUGGCAUUUCUCUGUGUCAUCUUUAUAGGAUUCUCCUAUGUGAACAUAUUUUCCUCUGUACUAAGGAUCCCUUCUGCUGAGGGCAGAGCUAAAGCCUUUUCCACUUGCCUUCCCCACCUCGUUGUUGUAAUAUUAUUUAUGUGUACUAGUGUCUUUGAGUAUAUGAAGCCUCAUUCAGAUACUCCAACUGCUUCAGACAUUUUGCUCACUAUUCUUUACACAGUAGUGCCCCCAACAUUCAACCCAAUAAUCUAUAGCCUGAGAAAUAAAGCUAUAAAAUUAGCUGUAAGAAAGGUUUUCAAAAGAAGAAAAGCUCUCCUUUCUUGA